AUGAACAAAUUAUAUAAUAAUGUCGAUUGGAAAUUUUAUCUCAAGUCACUUAAAAAUAUGAAAUUUUAUUUUCGUGCAUCUCCAUCAGCUGGAAAUUAUAAAUGGAAAUGGCUAUAUAUUGGUAUUGUUUUUUAUACAGAUAAUAGCACACAUAUUAAAUCAUCUAUCCACAUAAGAAAAUACAUAAUAUUUCCAUUAGUAUUACGUCCAGUUGCUGGCCUUUGGUUACCUGGACCGCGUAGUGUUCAGAAAUUUUUCAAAAAAGUAUCAAAAUAUUAUUAUUCUAAUUUUUCGAUCGAUAAAAAAUGUUAUUUACAAGCAUAUUUGCAUCGUGAAGAGAGAAGAAAAUAUACACGAAAAACUGUUCUUUGUAAAAAAACUACAUAA